AUUUAUUAUGUAUUUGGAGUUGGGCCAUUCCAAACACCCAUUCAUAUUGCAUGACACGCAUAUGAUCGAUCCUGAAAAGUACACAAUGCCCGAUCAUACUUAAUCCCCACGUUUGUUCGUCUUUUCCGAUCAUAUUCUUCACUCUCUUUCUCCACAGAUAAGAAAUUGAAGAUGGGGGCAAGAAAGAAAGAGUCCAAUUAUGCAAGCAAUAGAAAUUUAGGGAAAAAUCAACUAGGCGGUGUAAUAUUUGGUGCGACAAACCUCACAUUCAAUGAAUGCCUUUCAAAGCAACUCUUUGGUUUACCAAAGGAGCACCUUGAGUAUGUUGAAAAGAUUGUUCCUGGUUUGCCGUUGUUUCUAUUCAACUAUACGGAUAGAAAAUUGCAUGGUGUUUUUGAAGCGGCUAGCCAUGGCCAAAAAGAUAUAGAUCCGUACGCUUGGACUGUUGAAGGCAAACAAAAAACACCUUUUGCUGCUCAGGUUCAAGUACGUGUACAGUCAGCACGCCAACCACUAACCGAGACUCAGUUCAAGCCCGUGAUUUUGGACAAUUAUUUUACUCAAAACCAUUUCUGGUUCGAACUGGAUCAUGCGCAAACAAACAGACUAUUGUCUUUGUUUUCAUCUCAACCCGUUUCUCUUUUUACAACAAAUCUCUCAUUUGUACCUAAGAAAGCGGAAAACAGGCUUAAAGAGAAAAAAGUUUAUACGAGUUUCAGUGGCAAGACUGUAAGUUCGGAUACAUUAGAUGACCGUAUCAGGAAAGAUGAAGAGGAACAUGUGUGCAUGAAGCUUAAAGAACUCGCUUUAAACCGCAAAUUUUCUGACCCACCUACUGCCCGUGAAGAUGAAGCCACCCGCGUAAAUGUGGACCCACAAUCUGCUGCUCGUGAAGAUGAUACGACUGUCGAGAAUAAUACUUCUUUAAUGGAAGAUUCUAUUAUAGCUCAGUUGAUUGAGAAGGUGGAAGAUCUGAUGGCAUUUAAAACCGAGCAAACUAACAAGAUUGAAUUUUUAGAAAAGAAAGUUAUUUUCUUGGAGCAGAAUCUGGCUGAAGCACGAAAUGAAAUUCGGUAUCUGAAAGACCCGCGUAUAAAGUUGGAAAGUAUGGUGGGGCCCUCUGAGGAAUCUCAUACUAAAAAUGGGAUGACGUCAUCUAAUGCGUUCGAUUUGGAUAAGUCACCCGAUACCAAUCUAGACGGUUGUGAUGACUUGAUAUUUCUAGUUGGUGGAUAUGAUGGCAUGUCAUGGUUCUCAUCGCUCGAUGCCUAUUCACCUUCAAAUGAUUGUAUUAAGUCACGUAAACCAAUGAAUACCGCUCGAUGUUAUGCUCCUGUUUCGGUAUUAAAUGGUGAACUUUACGUGUUUGGUGGUGGAACUCGUGGUGUAUGGUAUGACACAGUCGAAUCAUAUAAUCCGGUUGUGAACGAGUGGACUGGUAGGCCAGCUCUAAAUGCCAAAAAGGGAAGCCUAGCUGGUGCGACUUUAAACGGCAAGAUUUACGCAGUUGGCGGUGGAAGUGAUGACGUAUUCUAUUCAGCGGUUGAGAUGUUAGACCUGGAUAUCGGAGCUUGGAUCCCAACACGAUCCAUGCUUCAGAAACGGUUUUCUCUGGCUGCAGCCACACUUAAUGGGGCGAUUUACGCUGUUGGUGGCUAUGAUGGAGAAAGCUAUUUGAAGUCUGCUGAAAGAUUUGAUCCUAGAGAACAUUCAUGGACGAGAAUUGAGAGCAUGAACACAAUGAGGGGCUGCCCUUGCUUGGUCAUUCUUAACGAAAAGUUAUAUGUUAUAGGUGGUUUUGAUGGAAAUGAUAUGGUUCCGAGUGUAGAGAUAUAUGAUCCUAGACGCGGGUCGUGGAUGAGCGGAGAGCCCAUGAAGUACCCCAGGGGGUUUUCAGCUGCAGCGGUGGUUAAUGAAUCCAUCUACGUUUUUGGUGGUUUAAAAUCCGGUGAUGAAAUCAAUGACACUGUUGAACGCUACAAGGAGGGCCAAGGGUGGGAAAGUCUUGAAACAAAGGCUAGUGGCCGGAGAUGCUUCUUCUCGGCUGUUGGUUUAUCAAGUUGAAUAUCGGUUGUUUUAGUUUGAAACCUUAAAAAAUUAAAAAAAAAUGUUGGUAUAAUGUGUUUUUACUUGUGGAUCUCCACAUUAAAUUUUGGAUGUGAAUGAUUUUUGGUAUGAGUUAAGAUUUGUGUUAUGUGUCC